AUGGUCCUGAGUGGAGCAUUGUGCUUUCGAAUGAAGGAUUCAGCCCUGAAGGUGCUCUAUCUGCGUGACAACCAGCUUUUAGCCGGAGGGCUGAAUGCUGGGAAGAUUGUUAAAGGUGAAGAGAUCAGCGUUGUCCCCAAUCGGUCACUGGAUGCCAGGCUCUCUCCAGUCAUCCUGGGUGUCCAGGGGGGAAGCCAAUGCUUGUCUUGUGGGAUGGAGAAGGAACCAACUCUGAAAUUAGAGCCAGUGAACAUUAUGGAACUCUACCUUGGUGCCAAGGAAUCCAAGAGCUUCACUUUCUACCGACGGGACAUGGGGUUCACUUCCAGCUUCGAGUCAGCUGCAUACCCUGGCUGGUUCCUCUGCACUGUGCCAGAAGCUGACCAGCCUGUCAGGCUCACCCAGAUUCCUGAGGACGCCACCUGGGAUGCUCCCAUCACAGACUUCUACUUCCAACAGUCUGAUUAG